AACGGGAAAAUAACCGAAAGGCUCUCUAAAGAAAGAACGCAGAGCGGGGUACCGCGAUUUCUCGCUUGUUGUCCGCCGAGAAAUGUUUCCUCCUCUCCCUCCAAUGACGAGGAAUCCAUUUCGCUCACUCUCUUUCGCGUCGGCGCUCCCUCAUUGGUGCGACGUGCGCUAGAGGUUCCGCCUACCGAAACUCGGCGGCAGCCAAUGAGAGGCGUCCGUCCGAGAAGACGUCCCCCCGCGUAGCUUUCCGCCCUGUGGCGCUUUGUUUUUAUUCUCUCGACGGGGCUUCCCCACCAGGCUCGAGCGUGGCGAUGGUCGUCCCGUGAAGGGUCAGAAACUUCAAUCGGUGACGCCGGUCGUUGGUGCUGUAGGCGAAGCUACUGCAUCGAGAAAGCUCCGGAUAUCGAGGACCGUCGUGUUCGCCGCUAUGGUUCUGUGGAAACUGUGUCUCGCGCAACGACUUCGCUAAACAACUGGAACGUCCCAAAGGCUGGGACGACGUGAUCUUCGACCUGUGAGUGUUUGUGGUGCUGCUUGAUUGGCCCAUCUGAAACCGCAACGCUGUCCGACUUUCUGUGCGCGUGGGCCAUACGUUCGACACGUUUUGAGAAUCGUUCCGUUUCGAGUAAGUGAAACGUGUCAGCGAGUUUUCAACAUCGUGUGUUUCUGCUUCACCUCUUUGGAAAGGCCGACGUUCCGCGUGUGGAUACUAUAUCUAAGAUAACUGUAACGCUAAUCCAUUUUUCUUUAGCACAAGGACACAACAUAAGGCUAUAAGGGUGUGGCUUCUCAGGAGCCGUCGAUCAGUAGUCACGUGUGACCAAGGAGCAACGAAACAAGUCGCAUCAGACUCAGCCAAGCAUGAAAGUUGCAUUGAAAGCUGAACAAUUCAACUCGAUAGGCUCACCUGAACUUCCAGUGUCCAAUCUUGAGUUGCAAUGCUCGAAAUCGAAAAUUCAGGAGUUGGCCGAUGAAUGGCACGUGUCUGCCUGAGCUGAACUUCUUCCACAGCCUUCUUCGAGAUCCGUGGCGUAGUCAACAGUGGUUCAACACAGAGGCGAUUCUUUUGGGCUACAUGAAAUGCCCCAAGGUAACGGAAACCUUGACGCCAUUUCGUUUAGAGGGUCAGUCGCUUGCAAGGACUGAUACAUCGUGAGUGAAGACCCGAUUUGAGCUACUCCUCUAAAGAUAAUUGUCAACAGGCUCAGCGCUACAAGUGAGAAUCUGAUGCUCAUUGCAGAAAUCCAUGACCCGUGACGUCAACUGCGCGUAACGAGCUCACAAAAGAGCCUGGAAGGUCAAUUACAUGCGCAGGAUGCAGUGCUUCAGUGCAAUUUUAGUUACUCAGUGACACCCCAGUACUAUCACGUGAUUAGACACGCGAACAACCGUCUACCCCGCAUUCUGGAAAGCCAUUUGUGUACCGGGGGCAACUCACAGACAGAAGUCACACCAUCCAAAGCGUGGUCUCUGUCGCAAGUUUCAUAUUCCUAGGCAGCAGAACAAAGGGCACUCAAGAACUACAGAGUUCAGUCGUCACGCCUGGUUCUAUGUUUUGUCAACUAUACUUACGCCACUAGGCCGGCUAAGGUCAGUGUGCCACAGGUGAAGGUCGCUGGAGACCUGUCCGCUUCACUUGGUUAUUCAUGGCAUUCCCCGUUUCUCCGCGACAUGACGGGAAACAUUAGCGACGGUGGUCCUAACAUCGGCAGAAUAGCUGGCCGCUGAGCAAUCCUUGUCUGCGUCGGAGGCAGCGCCUCAGUCCAUUCGGACUUUUGGCCCAUCAUGGCGACUUCGGCUCUGAGCAGUACCAGCGGCGGUGGUACGGACUCGUCCGGAGACAGCUGUCACUACCGGUCUUCCUCGUCUCCCGCUCCGCUGGACCUGAACCGCGACGAGCACGGUGGGUCCGGUGCUCAACAUUCCAUGCUGCUGGACCACCACGGCCCGUCGACGUCCGUGUACGGGGCCAGCCGGCGCGACGACCUGAUGGACGACGAUGAGGACGACGAGGACGAAGAAGAGGACUCAUCGCUCCCGGACGUGGGUCACCACCACCACUCGUCGUCCCAGAGUCACCAGCACCACCACCACCUGCUGAGGCGAGGCGGGCACGAGCUCAUCAACGGCGUGUCGCACCACGCUGAGCUGGUGGCGGCGGCAGGACAGCACGACUCGGUGUCGCGCGGUGUGCUGCCAGCGUUGGAUCCGGACUCGAUAUGGAGGCCGGACAUCCAGACAAGCAUCGCCGGUGGACACCAGACUUGCUCCUGGUCAAAGCUAGACGUGGGCCUGAGCAACGGCACGUCGUCCCUGACCGGCACCAGCACGGGCAGCGCAACCAGCAGGUUGACCGAGCUCAUGUCCGCUGGCCUAGGAGGAGGCGCCGGGACCGCGUCACCGUCACGCGGAAGCAGCGGCGGCAGCGUAUCUACAGGUGGCAGCAGCAGCAGCAUCGGAGCGAGCGGUUCUUCGGGGACCGCCAGCGGGGGCAAGGCGCUCAGGUUCACGCUGGAGCAGGUGGCCUGCCUGUGCGAGGCGCUGCAACAGGCGCGCAACCUGGACCGCCUGGCCCGGUUCCUCUGGUCGCUGCCCCCAGGGGACUUGCUCCGUUCGGACGAGGCGGUGCUCAGGGCGCAGGCGGCCGUGGCGUUUCAUCGCGAGAAUUAUAAGGAGCUGUAUAGCAUCUUGGAGAGCCACAACUUCGACUCCAAGUACCACAACGAACUGCAGCAGAUGUGGUACAAGGCGCACUACAGGGAGGCCGAGAAGAUACGUGGUCGCCCUCUGGGAGCCGUCGACAAGUACCGGCUCCGUCGCAAGUACCCGCUGCCCAAGACCAUCUGGGACGGCGAGGACACGGUGUACUGCUUCAAGGAGAAGUCGCGCAUCGCGCUCAAGGAGUGCUACAAGGUCAACCGCUACCCGACGCCCGACGAGAAGCGCACGCUGGCGCAGAAGACGGGCCUCACGCUGACGCAGGUCAGCAACUGGUUCAAGAACCGCCGCCAGAGGGACCACGCACCGCACCGCAGGGCGGGCGGUGCCAGCGGACGCGCCAGCGGUGGCGACUCGGUCCCGUGCACCCCGCGCUCGAGUCCCCCCCUGAUGGCCGGCAUGUGCAUGAGCGUCGCGGCGCCCCACCAGACGGCGCUGCCCGCCCAGAGACUGUCUCCCGCGCUGCCGGGACACCACCUGCAGGACGACCUGACGACGCUCGCCUACCUGCAGCAGCAGCAGCAAACGCAGCACCAGCAGCAGCAACACCUCCACCACUCCCAGCAGGCGGGCCACCACUCGAGCCACCACCCCCACCACCAGCAGCAGCAGCAACAGCCGAGGUCCUCCGCGCUGGACGACAUGCCCGCCAUGUCGGUGAAGACCGAGCCCGGACUGUACCCGUCGCCGGGACUAUUGUACUCCUCGUGCGCCUUCGACCCGAUGCACCACAGUCUGCAGCCCAUGGUGCACCAGUGUUAGCCACCGUCCGUGGGAGAGGACAGUGCCCCACCCCCUCUCCUUUCCACUUUUUUAGUCAACAAUUCCAAGCUGCAAGCAAAGUGUGUCCCGUGUUCGCAAGCGGACACCUGACCGUCUCUUCCGACCGUCAUCAACGUAAUGAAUGCUGGCGUUCUAGUUGGUGAUGCAUUCUCGUAUGUAGCAGUGUUACGGUGCAUGCAAAUUGUAGGGGGGGGGGGGGGCGAAGAACAAGAAGGAAGAGGACAGACCGCUAUUGACUUUCAUCUAAUGGUUUGUUUCAGUGUGCCGUCAAUUUGUAUUAAUCAGUAGAAACAGGCGAUGACAUUUGUGAUUGUUAGCGUAUGACGGCGAUGCGGUGGUGCGCGAUUAUCUUCUUUUCAUUCCAUUAUCUUUUUAAAUGUUGACGCCUCCUUGGCAUUAAUUGCAGAGCUGCCCUCGAUAAAUCUGUUAGUUGUAAGUCAACACUCUGACCUGUUCCUUGUUAUUUCUACAUACCCUUUGUACGUGCUGUAACACUGCUACGAAGAAUUCAUCAACACAGCUUUUUGGGAUCCAUGGUCGGCUUCAGUGCUAGUUACGAUAUCCUAAUGAGUAGGAGCCUACAUGUGCUUCUUAUGCUGGGUAAUCGUGAAUCUCGUGGACUUUUUGUUUUACUUCUUGGAGAAUAGUGCAACUGUGGUAGUUUGCGGUAGAACCGUGGGUUAUGGUCUCGUAGACAGCUUGCCACAGAAGUGCGCGAUAACUUGGCGUGCGUGAAAGCAAACCAUACAAGGACAGCAUUUGGAGCAUUUGCUCAACUGUAGUAGCGCUGAAAAAUGUGGCUGUUUAUCACCUGAUGCGCAAGCUGCACGGCGUGACAGGAAAUGUUAGGAGAGCGCAAUGCUAUCGAACUGUGGUUCGGUAGUCCCGUUUGUUCUUUGCCUUCGAUCCCGAAUGGUCUUUGCGGAGACAUCAGUGGCAAGAGGCGAUGAGAAAAUCGGCAACCAGUGUAUGUCGUCACGUUGGCGUCGAUGUGAAUGCUGGCAUAGUGACACUUCUUUGGAAGUGUGUGUGGCUUUUUUUUUUUCUUCGGACAUUUGAGCGUCAAAGCCUCGCAUUGGUUACGCGUUCCGACAGCGCGUAUUUUGUUGUUGUGAUGCUCUAUAAAGUGCGAAAGCUCACUUAGAAGUCUUAAAGAAGUUGUUGUGAAAGCUUUCGCAACCAUUAUCAAUGAUUCACGUGUGCAUAGUAAUAGGGCUUCUUCUGAGCAGAGUUCAUUAGAUUGAAGUUCUCUGUAAGCGUGUUACAGUUUUCGAAGUAGCGGAACAUCAGAGACGUGCGCAGUAACGCUGCUGGCGCCAUCUUUCGACGCUCACAUUAACUAGAACAUAAAUAACUAUGAUUUCGACGACCUCCUUUCACUUGUCUGCCGAUGCGCCAAAAACAGACAAGUUUCAUUAGCGUAAGGUAGAUUUAUUCGCUUCUCAUUCACUGCAAGGACAUUGGCGAAACACAUAAACGUUUCUAAGGGAUUGUAGUUGAACAAAGAGCUACAUGAUGGCGCUGGCAGCGCUGCGGUUGCCGUCGACGUGCCCGGCGCUCUGGCAUUCCGUAAAUUGUGGUAUAAGUUUCCUGAAAAUCUAUCUUUCUCUUUUUAUCCCUCUUAACCCUUCCCCCCGUGCAGGGUAGCCAACCGCAACUACCUCUGUUCAACGUCCUUGCCUUUCUCUGCAUUCUUUUCUCUUUCUCUCUAUUCAAUAUCUCUUUAAUAUCUGAUACCGGUUCUGUUCGCGGUAAAUGUUUCGGUUCAUGUGCUGCGUCUCUUUUGUCCAGUCAAAUUUAGGUUAGCUCUGUUUAUGCGUGAACGCGUUUGACCUUUAGUAGCCGCCUAGCUGACACACUUUUCGAUGCAACAGUAGUGCCAAAUAUGUCAGCCUGAAGCAAUUACAUAUUUCUUUUAGUUUCUAAGCGCAUCUGAAGGCACUACAAGGCUAAUUUCACGUCAAGAAAGAGCCAGUAAAGAUGUCCAACGACUACAUUUUUCACUCUUCCGCUUUCAGGAAUUCGCGCAUCUGUCAUUCGUAAAGAGGCAUUAUUCCGAGUGUCGCGAGAGCUAAGCGGUAUUCUAGACUCAGCGUUAUUCCUUGUUUCUAUUUAGCUUUUGUUGCGCCUUUCUUUACGAAAGAGACGAAUUUUUCUCAGUUCAGCUCUUCAAAUGUGGACUAGUACAAAUGAUAUGUUGAGACGUGCCAGUAUUCAUUUUUCAGUAUUUUACCGUCAUCUGUUUCGCAAUAUCACGGUGCGGUUUUAACAUACGCUUGCCUACGUUGAUAGCUGUGCUUGCACCUAUCGGAAGCCCUCCAUUGGUUCUCAAUAAGCGCAAAAUAGAGAAAGUGAUCGAUUCUGGCGUUUGCCUGGAGAGCAAUGUGGUGCGGCUUUUUCUUCUAUAUAUGAAUAGCUACGGUUACUUUUGGAGUGCUACGCGAAAAAUCGCCUGCCAUGCAUUAGCCCGACCGAAUAAUGUCUAUAGGCCCACAGUGUCACUCUUAGACUAAUCCGCAACGCUUUGUAACCAUUCAGUUGUAUGCAAAACGGGGUGCUGUAGCAAUUGUGCAAUUCCAAAUACGGUCGUUUAAAAGCGGAGCUAGCGAUGGCCAUGCUCAAGGCGUAAGAAAGUACACCUCUGUGAAGCGAGCAUGUGUUAUGCAGGCGGCUUUCUGGAAUUUCUAACGCGAUAUAGUGGCGAUGCCAGCUAUAAAUGAUGAUGUCGAAACGGACACGCAUUCAAGUAUUGACAAUUUCAUAGCACAUCAACCAUCAGAAAACGAAAAAAAAAAAAACUUAACGCAAUUUCUUCUGUGUUUUAUUGUUCCUGUUUUGCGUGUGCCGUCAGCUGUCCUUCUGUUAGGCUAACAGUUUUCUGUUUGGUUGCUGCGAGCGCGUUUUCGUUGAAAACAUUUACUUUGUUUUGUUUCGUUUUGUUUUGAGCGUGUGUGAUGUUUAUUCUCGCUGCGGUAUGUGCUAGCGGGUCAGACAACGAGAAAGAAUAAAGUGCAUAGUUCUUGGUGGGCCUCGAAAAAUUGCACUUAGAUACGGGACUCGUAGGGGAACGGAGAAUGUCUUUUGAAUUCGAAUGCGCAUAUGCAAACGGCCUCGAGUGUUCGUCUUUGAUUGUAUGGAUCUUUGGUGACGUCACGCGGUUGCGCAAAGCUGUGACGAUUUUAUCAAAAUUUUGAUCAGCUCUCGCAGUUUAGGACACCAAAAAGACGUUGAGAAGAACAAGUGACACUAGAGAACAUAACGGCAUUCUUCAAAAAAGCAUUAUUUGCAUCUAUUUGAUUGGAAGAGGCUGAUAUAGAACCCAAGGCAUGGUGCUGGUGACGUCACUGAUUUCGUAGUAGACUUCCGGGUUGCGUUUGCACAGGAAAAGUUUUCGAAGGCUACUAGCUUGAGUUUUCCGUCCGUUUAGAAGGCAAUAUUAUCCUCCAUUACCAAUGGGCGACUAAUGCGGACAAGGUGCUACCAAAAUUCUUAACGUCCGGAUAAUUUGGCGGGUGCGCGAACCUUGCGAUGACGUCACCAUCGGUCUUUGUUUUCGUUUUUGCGUAUUUUCGGUGUAGCGCAGCCUUUGAUCACGCAUACACAGUUUUCUUUUUUUUUUUGGGGGGGGGGGUAUUUCGAAAGUGCAAUUUAGUAAUAAACUAGGACUAAAUAUGUCUCCCGAGUCUCGAUUUGAGUUGGAUCGGUAUAACGCCUGGACUGACAUCGCCGCAUGAACGAACCAAAUAUAAGUUCGAGCACUAUCUUCUCUGCGAAUGAGUGCUGAUUAAUGAAGGAUACCUACCGCGUUUGACGUACCAACAGUAUUCGAAAAAUUGAAGCAACAUUGAGACUUUUAUUUUAAGCUGAGACAAGACACGCUGAUGUCGUCACGUGGGCUACAAAGUACAUUACACUCGAUCAUGCAUGUUGUGAGCAAUUUACGUAGUUUUGUUCUAUUUGUUAUCGUACUGCUUUCCUGAUUUUUGCGUGUUUGCAGUUGAGUGUUUCAGAGUUUAUUGACAUGUAUAUCAGAUGUGUUUCUUUUUGUGUUCAAUGCACCAUAUUCGUUUCUUUUUCAUUAUUAGAUUUCUUCUUCGCGCAUCAUUCUCGGUUAAUUCUAGCGACAGAUCUGCGGCGCCAAAGCCGAUUAAAGGCUGUCGCUAUAUAUCUCAUCAGACAUAGUCCUUUUUGUUUAAGAUCUGCAACGCUAAAUAGUCACAUGGAGGCCCUUGUCUUUUAUCGCAACUAAACCUUUGCCUUUUGUUCCGGCAAGCUAGGCAUCUAUGCGCUAUCCAAUGAAAAAAAAAAAAAAAAACGCUGCAUAUCAGGAGUUGGCACCGCUGCUGCAGUUCUGUCGCUCGAGUCGGCCUC